AUGACUCGUUUCAUUUUGUUUCUCGUUUUCCCUUCACUGAUCACAUGUGCAUUUUCUGGUUAUACUCCCUACACAUAUCCCGAUUCAAUGACACAAUCGGAACUCUGCGGGCAGACGAAACCAUCAUUCUUCUGUGAUCCUAAUAACAUAAUAGAAAGGAAAAUAAAGAUGAUCAACGAAACAGUAGAGAGUGAUGAUGAUAAUUUUAUGGAAAAAGAGCUACUGUAUAUUCGUGGUGAGACCAAUUGCUCAUGCACUCAACAGUCGCUAUGCUCUCCGUCACCCAGAGGUUACACAGUUUCAAUUGCAGUAGUGGAGAAGAUGCAUUUAGACCACAAUGAGACGUCACGCGAGCUGAUCCUCCAAGCUGCAAAGAUCUUUGCAGACGUGAUCCGAGAUCGUCAGAACCGGGGUCAAUGCGACGAUGACAUUCUCAUUUUCUUGUCUACCCGGGAUCAAGUUGUCUAUUCUUCAAUUGGUUCAGCAAUUCGAAUCGAUGAUUCUAUAAUUCGAAGCAUAUCUGAACAAGGAGAGAUUUUCUUCAAGAAAAUGCAAUAUCGAGAGGGUCUGGAGUGGAUGACGAAACAAUAUAAACAUGUGUUAAAGGAAGAAAGGAUUGAGAAACUAUGGAACUGGCCUCUUCCAGAGUGGGUAAUUCUUGCACUAGCAGGUCUUGUACUUGUUGUCCUUGCAACUUUAAUCUGCUCAAUCAUCUACAUGUGCAUUCGAUUAUGCCGAAAAGAUCGUCGUGACGAGUAUUCAAUGGUUGAUCAUUAAUUAAACUGUAUUUAAUUCUUCAUUUAUUUACUUCUUUUUGCAUUAUUUUCCUGAUCUUAAUUGUAUGGGUAAUUUUACAUUAAUAUUUGUAUAAUUUUAAAUUUAAAAUGAAAGUCAUCUCGCA